GGACGCGCCACACUCCUCCCGCGCGUCCAACUCACCGCUCGCAGCAUUCACGAAACACUCUCUUACUGUUCUCCUUGAUUUUUCCCUCCCUCCACAUCCCUACAACGCUAAGGCUCGAGUAUUCUUUGGCGUUCAGGUCUGGCCUUGAUACACGGAUUCACGGUGUGGCCAGCCUCCGGCAACCAUACGCUAGAGGAACAGUAACCCGACGACGAGGGCGACGCGUCGCGUAAAUUUUCGGUCUCCGGCACCGUGUUCGUCGCCUACCUCAACUCUCGGGUCUAGCCCGUCUCGUCGACUCUUCUCAUCCCAUGGCUCUAUUCAAGACGGCAGCGGUAGGACUAGGAGCAUGUCAUCGCUUUUUAGGGCCGGACGGUAUACGUUGUGGGAGCUUGCUCUUGGUCAGCACAAACCGGCCUACGUUUUUUAGAAUGACUACAAGAAGUCUUACGGUGCCUUCAACGUACGACCAUCUAGCUGGACUCCCCGUCCCAACAUCUGCAUCCUUUGUAAAUCAUAACGUAAUCCAGCUGAAUUCGACCAUUCAAGACUUUACCAGAAACACCAGACGCUCUGUAUCUAAAUCGAUUGUUAUCACACCGGAGUCCGAGUCGAUCUUUGCAUCUCCGAAUCAAGAAAUCGGUAGCGAAGUGGUUCUUUCUAGGCCCUCGAGAUGUGGAAGAUAUCAAGCGACUCUAAAUGAGAUCGGUGCUGGUGAUCAGAAACGACGGUUCGUUGAAGUAUGGUCAAAGGAAAGCAUGUUAGCGAGCAAGGAGGUUACAGAUAUCCAUGGUGCAUUCUACAAUGACGAUUACAUCUCGACUUUAUCUUUCACCGUCUCAAACAAUGCCAUCAUGUAUAUCGCGGAGGAGAAAAACACACAUCCAAAGGAUUCCCCGGCUUACUUUCGAUACUCCCAAUCAUUCGGGGAAGGCUUUCCCGAAAAGAAACGACCUACUAUAUUCAUUUUCGUAUGGGAUCCGAAAUCCCCAGAUCCCAGCGAAAAAUGCACAGUCGUUCCACUAUCCAUGGGUACAUCCCAGAUCUUCUUCGGACAGGCCGUGUUUUCAUCAAACUCAGAUACACUCUUCGCUACCGGGUACGAACAUACACUCGGAGGUAGAUUAUUGGGUUUGAAAGGAUGUUACAAUCGUCCAAGUGGUAUUUGGAAAAUCCAGCUCGAGGAAAAUGCCACAAACAAAGCUCUGGAAGCAACCGAUACCCCACCAUCAUCUGUCGACUGUCAACUCCUAAAACUUACACCUCCAGAUCUAUCUUGCCGGUCACCACGUAUCCUCCUCACCGAACACUCAGAAAGUUUGAUUUGGUUGGCUUGUUCAACUGGUGGAGCACACGCAUCAACCUCACGUCUCUACUCUCUCGACCUCACAUCUGACGUAAAACCAGAACACUGUCGGGUAGUCGUUGACGUUGUAAACGAUAUCCGAGAUAGAGACGACGGUUUUCCAGGUCUCUAUCCCGAUCCGUCCCUUCCGCCAUCUCCCUUCCUCCGCAUCGGAAAUCGAGAAUAUCUGGUUACACAAUCGGCGGUCACUUCAUACUACGCUAUUGUUCUCGUUUCUCUUGAAGACGGUGCCGUGACGAACUUGACGCCUAGUAAGGAAGGGUCUCUAUACAGCUGGGUCGUCCUAUGUACAGAUGGAGAACGAAGAGUUGUCUGUGCCCGAACGGCUCCAACAGUACCUUCCGAAGUCGUCAUCGGAGAAUUUGAUGUCGAUAGUUCUGGGAAAGUGUUUGUGUCGUGGAAGGUGCUACAGUCCACCAUAUCUCUUCUUUCUGAUAAAAUUCAACAAAAACUGAACCAGCUCAAAGUGAGCAUAGUCGCCAUUCCUAAUCGGCACCCGGUGGAAACGGUCGUUAUUCAACAUGUGGGGGUCGAAGGAGGGAAAAUACCUGCUCAUAUUUUGGUGCCUCAUGGAGGACCACAUGCUACGAGUAUUGUGAAGUUUGACCCUACGAUCGUCGGUUUUGCCCUUGAAGGCUUUAACAUAUCACUUCCAAACUACACGGGUUCACUAGGCUUCGGUGAAUCGCACGUUCAAAAUCUUCUCGGCAAAUGCGGUACGCUCGACGUGGAAGAUUGUAUAGAAUCUCUUCGAUAUCUCGCCACGAUCGGGGUAGUAGAACGUGAAGGUGGCUCUUCGAAGGUAUUCGUAUUCGGUGGAAGUCAUGGUGGAUUUCUCACUGGUCACUUAAUCUCACGAUAUGCAGACACAUUCAAAGCAGCCUGCCUCCUAAACCCUGUCCUCUCUCCUGGUGAAAUAUCCACUUCUGAUAUUAGGGACUGGUAUUGGUCGGAAUUCAAACACGAAUAUCCGAUCUUUUCAUCUCCGGUUGGAUCAGACGGUCUUUCAUCAAACAUGGUGCAGGCGCGAUCAGACGACAACGGCCUCAUGAAACCCGAGCUCUACGAAUCCCUAUUCAAACUCUCGCCUAUAGCAGACGUUGAAAAAGUGAAAGCUGCGGUGUUGCUAUGCAUUGGGGGGAGUGAUAAACGUGUAGCGCCUACACAAGGGAUAGACUAUUAUCAUGCGUUGAAGACUGUUAGGGCAAGAGCGAACCUCCCAGAUGAUGAUGUGGAUAUGUUAUGGUUCUCGGAGGACGGUCAUCCGUUAGAAGGUGUGGAGGCGAGUAGGAUGGUGUGGGUUCGUACUCUUGAAUGGUUUACGUCUAGGUUAUGAAAUUACGCGUGUAUGGGUGAAGCUUUCACGGAUUUGGUUUCUUUUUGCUUCUCUGAAAACUGCACCUCGAUCUCCCGAGAAUCCAUAGGGCCAUUGUGUAUUGACUGGGUUAUCCGAGUCGCUGUUCAAGCAGGGCUAGUGACAAUCGUCUGUGCAAUAUGUGUCUGCGUAUAUUUCUGAUCCAUCCGGCUUGCACCUCAUCUUCAACUCCCCGCUAUCCAAGCUCUAUAUCAACUCCCCGAUGAGUACCUUCAAACUCCUGUGGGUCAUGGAACCGUAAGAGAUCUCAUGAGUCGGGUUGGUUAACCCCGGCGCAGAUGAUACGUUCAAGUUGGUUCAACGCCGCCUGUCUCAUGAGUCCACCCACCACCCCCCAACCUGAAGUAUGACUAUGAUACCGCUUGCUCCCAAGUGUUCGUUCACGUCGAAUCACACGAGAUGCGAGAUAACGAGAUCCCGUUGACAAGACCUUCGACGGCCCAUGUAAGCAUUACUGGGACAGAAACGAUUCGGGCGGCUGACUCGGAGAAGGACUCAGUCCAGUCCGAAUUCAACGUCCCGAGUCGCAACGAGGGCAGGGAUAGGAGUGGACCUUCCGACGGCGAUGCUUGGGGUUAUAAGAAGUCGGAACGCGGAUAACCUUCCGUACCAUGCUUACCGAUCUCAGUGAGGCGGUGGUGCUGUCUAGUGUUGGGUGAUUUUUGUCAUCUACGUAGGUUGAGUAGCGUUUCCGAAGUUGUUCUCGGAACGCAUGUCAUUCAAUAAUGGAUUUAUCAUAGAGUAUAUAUGGCUGUACAAUAUACACCAAGGAUAUGAAUGAAUAUAAAGCCUGUAAA